AUGGUAAGUCCGCAGGAAAUAUACACCAAAUCUGCGACCAAAUCAGUUGCCAUCAAAACCGUAGACCAAAGUCAUCGACAUCUAUUCAAGUCGGCGAAAGAGAAGACAUUCGCCAACGAAGAGUCGUUGCCAUCACUACCGGUGCCCACACUUCGGCCAACACUGGACUGUUAUCUGGACUCAGUUCGUGCCAUCGCUGGUGACCAACAGUACGAGACGUCGGCGGAGAUGUGUCGCCGAUUCGAGGCCGGCGUCGGACAAACGCUUCAACACAUGUUUGAGAAACGGACACAAAAUAGCAAGAAUUGG